AAUAUCUGUUCAUUAUUAUUUUUGUAAAAUAUUACAUACAGCACAGCGAUGGCGAAUUUAGAGAAUGGAACGUUCAAGAAACUAGAUGUGGUUGUUGUCGGUGGAGGUUUGGUGGGAUCACUCGAAGCAUUAUUUUUGGCGAAGAGAGGACAUCGCGUUCGCCUGUACGAAUAUCGAGAAGACAUAAGAAAUACUCCACAGGCCCGAGGUAGAUCCAUAAACCUGGCUUUGUCUAUACGAGGCAGAACGGCGUUGAGAGAAGUCGGUUUAGAAGACCACAUGAUCAAUAAUCAUGGGAUCCCCAUGAAAGGACGCAACAUUCACCGAAUCGAUGGUUCCACUUAUAUUAUUCCUUAUGAUUCUAGAACUAAACAAUGUAUUUAUUCCGUUGGACGAAAUUAUUUAAAUGGACUAUUAUUACAAGAAUCUGAAAAGUAUGAAAACGUGGAGAGAUUUUUUAAUCACAAACUGAUAGCAUCAAAUUUGAGAAAAGGUUUUUUAUCUUUUCAGAAGACUGACACCAAAGAAAUAGUUGAAGUCAAUGCAGACCUAAUCAUAGGGGCCGACGGUGCAUUUUCAGCUGUACGCAAAGAAAUUAUGAAACAACCACUUUUUGACUACAAUCAGAAAUAUAUUGAACAUGGAUAUUUGGAAUUAUGCAUACCCCCUGAUAGCAAUGGCGGAUUUCAGAUGCCACCGAACUAUCUGCAUAUCUGGCCUAGGGGUGAAUUUAUGAUGAUCGCCCUCCCAAAUCAGGACUGCUCUUGGACUGUGACACUUUUCAUGCCGUUCACACACUUCAAAAGUUUAGAUAGCGAAGAUAAAUUAUUGAAGUUUUUCGAAAAAUAUUUCCCAGAUUCGAUUCCGCUAAUAGGAAAACAAAAGUUAAUAGCCGACUAUUUUGCCGGAUCAGCUUCGCCUUUGAUUGCGAUUAAGUGUCGACCUUACAAUGUAGAAGACAAAGCUCUGAUCAUUGGUGACGCAGCUCACGCUGUGGUUCCAUUUUACGGCCAAGGUAUGAACGCUGGCUUCGAAGAUUGCACGAUCCUCAAUCAAUUAUUCCAGAAGCACCAUGAUGAUCUGGCUAAAAUACUGAAAGAAUUCUCUGACACUAGAUGGGAGGAUACUUUUGCAAUUAGUGAUCUGGCUAUGUACAAUUAUAUUGAGAUGCGAGAUCUUGUAACACGACCAUCCUAUCUCCUGCGAAAAGCUAUUGAUGACGUCAUUUUUUGGUUGAUGCCCAAAGUUUGGAUUCCUCUCUACAACUCUGUGACAUUCUCCACGAUCCCAUACACUCAAUGUAUCAAAAAUCGUCAAUGGCAGGAUAAGGUUUUAAAUCGGUCACUUUUGUUCCUUGGUACCGUCACGAGUGCUGUAGGAGCGUUCUACGUUUAUAAAAAAUUUGUAGGCUUAAGCUAAUUGAAAAAGGAUUAG